AUGGCUUUAGCAGAACCUCAGUGUGUAGCAGAUCCCAACCCACAGUUUUCAGAAAUUAUUGAACUGAACGUAGGCGGUCAGGUUUACGUGACAAGACGCGCAACUUUAACAGCAGUGCCGGACUCACUCUUAUGGAACAUGUUUACUAAGAAAACACCAAAAGAAUUAGCGCGGGACAGUAAAGGGCGCUUCUUUUUGGACCGGGACGGCUUUCUGUUCCGCUACAUCCUAGAUUACCUGCGCGAUCUGAACCUGGUGCUGCCUGAUUACUUCCCGGAGAAGAAGCGUCUGCUGCGGGAGGCAGAGUUCUUCCAGCUGCGGGAGCUGUGCCGGCGCCUGAGUCCGCGCAUGAGCAAAGACGAGUCAGUAUGCGAAGAGAGCAGCUAUCACAGCGACUCGGAUGAGGUGAUGCCGCACGGCUUGGCUGAAAUCAAGAAGUCGGGCUACAUCACUAUCGGUUACCGGGGCUCGUACACCAUGGGUAGGGACAUACAGACCGACGCUAAGUUCAGACGCGUGGCGCGCAUCACCGUGUGCAGUAAGACGUCCCUCGCUAAAGAGGUGUUCGGGGAGACCCUGAACGAGAGCAGAGACCCUGACAGACCCCCGGAGAGGUACACCUCCCGGUACUACCUCAAAUACAACUUUCUGGAGCAGGCUUUCGACAGACUCACCGAGUUUGGAUUCCGCAUGGUAGCCUGCAGCUCCACUGGAACUUGCGCCUACGCCAGUAACGACCCGGGAGAAGACAAAAUAUGGACCAGUUACACUGAGUAUGUCUUCUGUCGGGACUAA